GUUGGGAUUAUCGCAGUUAGCCUGGCAGGCUAAUGCUAGCUAGCCUGCUAGGCUAAUGUUAGCAGUACAGCUAGGGAUCACUAAUCUUUUGAAUAAACACAAUAAAAACACUGGAACUACCAUAACUGGAGCCUAAACAACCAUGCCCUGGGAGGGUCCCAUUUCUCAGCUCACCAUGGUCACCAUGGUGAUAUGAAGCUAGUGUGAAACGUUGACACACCCACACAGACUCACACACAGACGGUCAGUUAUUGACUGACACAGCCAGCCAGCCAGCUCGGCAGGCCGGCGUGUGUAAUGGACAGGUGUAAGCAUGUGGGGCGGCUGCGGCUGGCCCCAGACCACUCCAUCCUCAACCCCCAGAAGUGGCACUGCGUGGACUGCAACACCACCGAGUCUAUAUGGGCCUGCCUGGGCUGUGCUCAUGUGGCAUGUGGGCGCUACAUCGAGGAACAUGCUCUGCAGCAUUUCCAGCAGCAGCGCCACCCCUUGGCAAUGGAGGUUAAUGAACUUUACGUUUUUUGUUAUUUGUGUGACGACUAUGUCCUGAAUGAUAAUGCCACCGGAGACCUGAAGCUGCUUCGUAGUACGCUCAGCGCCAUCCAGAGCCAGCGCUAUGAGGUUACCACCCGCAGUGGGCGCACCCUCCGCUCUGCUAGCGCCGCCCCUGAUGCCGUCAUACCAUCCGGUGCCCGCGAGCUGCAGCUGAGAGACGAGGACAGGAUGUUUACUGCACUUUGGCAUCGGCGCAGGGCGCUUAUGGGACGCGUCUUCCGCUUCUGGUUUGGACUGACUGAAUGUGGAAAGAAGAGGGAGGAAGAAGAGAGAAGGAGGGAGGAAGAGGAGGAGCAGAAAAGGGAGGCAAGGGAGAGGAGGCGGGCUCUAAAGAGGCAGCUGCAAGAGGAGCUGGAGAACGCCCCUCUCAGGAAGAGCCGACGGUUACGUUGGAAGAGCCAGAGAGUUGCAGAUGCGGCGGUCUCAACACCAUCUAAGAGGGUAUGCAACAAAACAAAAACCGCUGUGCCCCCGACACUCACACGUAGGCCCAGGAGUCAGAGCCCUGCCACUGCUACCCCCAAGAAAGCUGGACGGACGAAAAAGGUCCAGCCAACUCCCAAAUCCCGGAGUCGUUCUUCUACCACCAAAUCCAAACCCAAAACGCCCUCAGCGAUCCCCCGUUCUGCCCAAACACCUGUUCGCCGCAAGCAGAAUACCAAACAGGGUGGCUCACCCUUCAAGCGUCGUCCCACAGUUACUCCUGGAGUGACGGGCCUGAGGAAUUUAGGAAACACCUGUUAUAUGAACUCCAUCCUGCAGGUGUUGAGCCACCUGCAUGUCUUCAGGGAGUGCUUUCUGCGACUGGAUCUGACCCAGGCACUAGAACUGCUGGCAUCUGCCGUCCACGGCCAACUGGCAGGGAAGGCCUCAUCCCGGUCCUCCCUAACCCAAAAGAGGGGAUUCCAGGCUAGCUCAGGCUCUGGGCUAGGGCUGAGCGGUGGGGCCUCACGGGGCCGCAGCAUGGAGCUCAUACAACCCAAAGAACCCAGCUCGAAGCACAUCUCUCUCUGCCACGAGCUGCACACCUUGUUCCAGGUUAUGUGGUCUGGCAAGUGGGCGCUGGUAUCGCCUUUUGCCAUGCUUCACUCGGUGUGGCAGCUGAUCCCGGCGUUCAGGGGCUACGCUCAGCAGGAUGCUCAGGAGUUCCUGUGUGAGCUGCUGGACAAGGUGCAGCACGAGCUGGAGAGCACAGGCAAGCACACAACCACUGCAGGCGUCCCACAGACACAGAAACGACUCAUCAAGCAGGUGCUCAGCGUGGUCAACACCAUCUUUCAUGGCCAGCUCCUCAGCCAGGUGACGUGCCUGGCCUGCGAUCAUCGCUCCAACACUGUGGAGCCUUUCUGGGAUCUGUCUCUGGAGUUCCCAGAGAGGUACCACAGUAAUAGCAGGGAGUCGGCUGCUCAGGCUUCAUGCCAUCUGACGGAAAUGCUGGCCAAGUUCACAGAGACUGAAGCACUGGAAGGAAACAUCUACGCCUGUGACCACUGUAACUCUGCUCGACGGCGUACCUCCUCCAAAUCAGUCCUCCUGACCGAAGCACAAAAACAGCUGAUGGUCCACAAACUGCCUCAGGUCCUGCGGCUUCACCUCAAACGCUUCAGGUGGUCUGGGCGGAACCACCGGGAGAAGAUCGGAGUCCACGUCAGCUUCGACCAGCUUCUCAACAUGGAGCCCUACUGCUGCCGAGAGCCCUCGCCCAAAGUUGUGCCCUGCUCCGGUCCCAGCAGCCCCAGCUCUGCAGGCUCGCCGCGCCCCAAGCACUUCCUCUACAACCUCUCCGCUGUGGUGAUGCAUCAUGGGAAGGGCUUCGGUUCUGGCCACUACACCUCCUACUGCUACAACACAGAAGGAGGCUUCUGGGUUCACUGUAAUGACUCUAAGCUGAACGUGUGUUCAGUGGAGGAGGUCUGUCGUGCUCAGGCCUACAUCCUCUUCUACACACAGCGAGUAACUCAGGACAAAGACCGGCCGCUAUAGGACCACAAUCCCUUGAACCUCCUCCUCCUCCUCCUCUGCUGCAGCCUGACCACUCAGCGAGAAGAUAUCAGCACAGCCCCACCUAUCGCUCUUUCUCUCUUCCCUCUCUGUCUUUGGGCAUUUUAUAUCCUGGGAGGAUUUUUUUAGUCUAUUUUUCUAAAUAGGGAAAAAAAGAGAGGAAGGACUCCUUUUUAAAACCUGGUUCUGCUUUAUGAACUUCUUGUAUAUGGUGUUUAUAUGUAGGUAUUUUUAAACAAAAUGGUGAUGUUCGUGAUUUGUGAACAGCUGUAUUUUAUAAAGAGAGUAUCAGCCAAGAUGUGUCUCCGUAGCAGCCAACUGACUCUGGCCGGGCACGACUACAAGUGUCCUCUACAGGUGUUUUCACGUGUCUGCCUACCUGCGUUUGGUGGCUUGUUGAUUGUAAAUGUUUGUUUAAAUCAACUGAAAUGUUCCUCAGUCACUUUAGAUAGUCGUCACAGAACUGGAUAUUAGGGUCGCAACAUGUCAUUCACUUACUAGAAAUGGCCUCCCCGUGUUCUAGACAGGUAAAGGUGUGAUAGAUGUUAACAGCGUGGCUGGUUUUAGCCACUGUCCUGCCAGAAAUGCACUAAUUUCUACAGAAUAGGUUUUUACUCUUCAUAAAUGAAGAUGUGUACACAAGCAGGGCAGGAAGUUUAUUUUUCACUCUGAAGUACUCCUGGGUCUGUCAGGAAAUAUUGUCAGACCUCAAGCCAAAGCCUUGGGGCGAGUGUAUGGAAAAACCUCUCAGCAUUUCCAAAACAGUUCAAUAUUUGCUGGAUGUUUUUUUUUUUAUUAUUUUUUUCUUCCCUCUUUCACCAAGGGGGGGCGAAAGAGUUUCCAAAGGGAUGUUUUUUUUUUUGGCUAAAUGCUGCCACCCCUCUGCUCCAGAAUGUAAUCGUCUUCAGAGCCGGAACCAUCCCCAGCCAGACAAGAUACUAGUGUGCUAGAAAAGUGCCCUUUUGUUCACGAAGCAGAUCUAUUUUUAUAGCUCAUAUCAAUUCAGCAAAGUGGAAUCAGCACAGCUGCAGUCCCACGCAGACCAGCAUUUCGAUUAUGAAUGUAUUUUUAUACAAUCCCUCUCAGAGGUUUUAGAAAAGAGGCCAUUGACUGUUUUAAAAGUUUUAUACAACCGCUGAUUGUUCAACACCAGCAGCAGUUAGGACAGAUUUCACUGUCCUCCCAUCAUUAAGAAGCUGUGUGUACUGUAUGUGUACAUAGUGUUUUCUUUACCAUCUUCAGUACAAUAUCCAGAUUUAACAGGAUCUCUGCAGUGUAUACAGACUGUGAUAUUUAUCUCCAUACUGGAGAGAAUAGUUCAAAAGAAAAGGAAUGCUCCACCUCAGCCAUGUUCACUUCAUGUUUUUCCUCCACUGUCAGACAUUGUGACACAUUGUUGGCAUUUUGGUUACUACUCCAUGGAUGUGUGUGUUGUGUGUGUGUGUAAAUUUAUGGAAGUUAUACUAUGCAAAUUGUUACCUCAUUUUUUCUAGAGAAAAUUACCUCAAUAAAUGAGAAUAUUUUUUCAUUUUUCU